GGUGCAUGAGUGGAGAAUUGGCUGUGUAAUGUUAUAGGAAUCCAAACUGAACGAAACCAAGUUGAGAGAGUUCGCAAGGUGGUGGGACAGCCCACAAAUCUGGUCCCCUGCUCAGGAGACUAGAGGUGGAGUGGACAUGCAAGCACAGGUCAUGGAUGCAGAGGCCGAUCUGUGGGGGAGAUGGGCCUGGAUCAAGGCAGUGAUAGGAGGGGAGGAAUGGGUGUUAACGACUGUCUAUGCCCCAACGACUGUCUAUGUGCCAACAAACUGGUGGGAAAGGGCAAAGUUCUUCCUGAAGUUGAAGACUAUUGUCCCUAAGGCAGACAGACUGCUGGUCGCUGGUGAUUGGAAUGUAUCGCUGGAUGAGGCGCUGCGGCCUGGCGCCGCGAGCGCCGACAGAGGGGAUGUGCAAGACUUGUUGGACCUUAGUGCAGAGAUGAUGCUUUCAGAACCGUUCCCAGUGCUAAACCCAGAAGACCCGGGUUAUACCUGGUUUUCCAACCUGUUCAGGAACAGACAGGACAUUACGAGGAGGCCUCUUGACUACUUCCUGCUGAGCGAGGAAAUUUUGGAAAGGGUCACAACGGUCCGCCAAUUCUGUCACCCCAUGUCUGAUCAAAAACCGGUGGUGGUGGAAAUUAGUUUAGUCGCAGGUGCCGAGCGUGGGAAAGGCUUCUUCCGUUUGAACAGUCAAGUGCUUGAGGAUCCAGGCAUAGGUGAGUGGGUGAAGGACCACAUGUCCAGAUGGGAGGCGGCGAGACCGUUCUUUGAAACACCGGCGGAAUGGCUAGACGGAGGUAUUGCCAUAGCUUCGGGCAUGUUGGAUGCGUGCUCACGAAUCCUGCCCAAGGCAAGGAACUCGAAGGAAGCGGAAUGCCUGCGAAGAAUAGAAGAAGCGGAAGACAGGAUGGAGGGGCAUCCCAUCUCUGUGAUGGUAUGGGCGGCCGAAAGGGAAAGGAGAAUGACUAAGUGGAACGGCCUACAGGAGGAGAGAGAGAAAAGAUGGGUGGAGAUUCCGCGAUUAAAGGGAGUGGAAACUCAAGACAAGAUGACGAGGGCGACAUUUCAGAAAUUGCAGCCGCGGCGGUCGCAACAACAAAUGGUGGAACUCCGACACCCCUUCAAUGCUGCAGCCCCCCCGGCUUGUUCUCCCUUGGGUAUGCUGCAGUACGCGAGGCUGUACUACUCGAACAUCCUAACAUCGAGGCGGCCUCAUGACAGCGUGGACACAAACCUAUCACUCACGUCGGAUAUGUGGGAAAAUACAACAACUAGACUGCAUGCAGGCGGAAGGCUUGACUUGGAUCGCCCGCUCACCUUGGAGGAGAUCUCCCAAACACUCAAGACCAUGGCGAAGGGCAAAUCUCCAGGGGUGGACGGCCUCACCGUCGAGUUCUAUGCUGCUAACUGGGGCGUCUUUGGACCCUUACUUGUGUGCGUUCGUGCAGGGCCGCUCGAUCUUCAACAACAUAGUGACGGCAAUCGAAACACUCGAGGUGGUGCAAACGAGAAUCUGGAUUACGCCGUCCUCCUGCUUGAUUUGGAGAAGGCAUACGACAAAGUAGGGUGGACUUUCGUGCUCACCACACUGCAUUGGAUAGGCUUCGGGGAAGGGUUCUGCGCAUGGGUAAUCGCAUUGUACACAUUCUCCACAGCCUCUGUUAUGAUCAAUGGGCACCUGUCUGAACCUUUCCCUCUCGCAAGGUCCCUCACGCAGGGCUGCCCACUGGCACCUCUAAUCUUCGUGAUUCAGUUGGAGGUGCUAUUGAACAAAAUCCGCGCCCAACCGGUUAUUCGUGGUCUGCAACUGCACACGGGCAACGAAUGCAAGGUGAAGGCGCUGGCCGACGACCUUUUCGCUGUAUGCAAAAACUCGGUGCCAGCUCUGUCAGCGAUGAAGAGAGUACUAGGUGAAUACUCCGUGCUGUCAGAGGCUUCUGUGAACUGGGGUAAAUCAACCUACCUGCUCCCAGCUCAGUUCGAACUUAAGGUAGAGUGGGGCAUGAAGAGAGUGGCGAAAGGGGAAGAGGAACGAUUCUUGGGUAUCAUGAUAAGUUUGAAGGUUGAAGCGUCGUCGCAGGGCUUUCAUCUCCAGCAGCGGAUCGCAUCUAGGCUAAGGGUAUGGGACUCUGCGUGGGACCUAUCAUUGAUAGGCAGAGCGCUGGCGGCCAAUGUUGCCCUGUUCUCCAUCCUUUGGUUCGUUACCACGGUGUACGAACUGGCUGACGGUGCGGCAAGAGCCAUUCGGAGACUGGUGGCACGCUUCAUUUGGAAACCCAAGGCCCAAAAUUCAGAGUCGUUCAUCUCCAAAGUGGCACUUGAUACCCUGUCCUUCCCAAGUGACAAAGGGGGACUCGGCCUGGUGUACCCAGCAAGGAAGAACAAAGAUCAGUUGUGUUGGAUAAAGAAGGUGGCUGGCCUGGGAGUGGCGGAACACUGGGUAGCCCUGGCGGAGCGUAUCCUAAUGGUCGAGUGGGAGCUUAGCCAUCCGAAAGACGUCUGGUCCUGCUGGUUCAUGCCUUCCUUCAAGGAAAAAGAGACUCAGAUUGGGUUUCUGGGAACCCAUCAGAAAAGCUUGGAAGAAGAUGCCGCCCGACUCAAGGACCUCAACCCCACCACGAAGGAGGAAGUGCUGAACCAAAUGCUGUUUGAGAAUCCAGCAGUGGUGGACAGCACGGAAGAAGAGGAAGACGAGGAAGAAGAAGAGGAAGAAGAAGAAGAGGAAGAAGAAGAAGAGGAAGAAGAAGAGGAAGAAGAAGAUGAUGAUGAUGAUGACGACAAAGAAGAAGAAGAAGAAGAAGAAGAAGAAAAGGACAUUGGCAAAGAGGAAGGAGAAGGAGAGGGAGGGGGAGAGGGAAAGGAAGGCGGAGGGGAAGUGGAAGGGGAAGUGGAAGGGGAAGUGGAAGGGGAAGUGGAAGGGGAAGAAGGACGAGGAGGGGGAGGGGGAGAAGAAGGGGGAAGUGGAGAGGAAGAGAGGGAAGACAGAGGAGGUGAAGAUGGACAAGAAGGGGGAUGGGGAGGCGGCGGCGGAGGAGAAGAUGGAAAAGAAGAAGGGGGACGAGGAGGGGGAGGGAGAAGGAGAAGCGGAAGAAAGAGGAGGAGAAGGUGGAAGAGGAUGAUGCAUGGACCAGCGAAGCAUACAUCGAAACCAUUGUGUAAGACGAGUUACAUGUAUAGGUUGUCGGCGUUGGCGAGCACAAAUGCAAUAAGUCCAUCCUCGGGCCAAAGUCGAAGGAGCACGGCCACGGGAAAGCAAACGGCGGACAAGCAUGGUUGCCGCAGUUAUGAAAUCAUGCCAAUUAUCACAAAUCUGCUAAAACCCACGUAAGCUGCCCGAAGAACACACCUGCAGGUUGAUGAGACAGAAUGUUUGACUUUGCACUAGGAUAUCGUAUAACAGGA